CGCGCAGGAGCGGUGGACCUGCUUCCUCGACGCCUUCGUCGGCCCGCCGCCGGCGCCGGCCCAGCGGCCCAGCGGCGCGGCCGCGUCGUUGGUGGCGAUGCUGCGGGCCGUGGUCGACACGGGCGAGGGCUUUGCUGUGUGGCACCACCGCAGGGACCGCGGGCUGAAGGCCCUGGUCGACCCCGUCCAGGCGAGGCUGAGGCCGGUGGAGACGCUGGGCCGACCGACGCCUUUUGCGCCCGCCGCGCUGGGGCCGCAGCUGGCGCUGACGGUGGAGCCGCUGGCGUCGGUGUCCGACCUGUGCCGCCACCUCCUGAGAGUCACCCCGGCGGUGGAGGAGAGCUACCUUGAACACUGCCACAGCAUUGUGGGGAGCACGAUUCAUGACCUUCGUUCUGGUGAGCAUCACGAAGUCGUCGAUUUCACGGUGC